AUGAGGCCGCAUACUCUUAUGCGAUCAUCCCAGAUUCGGGCUUUUUCGAAUCUUUCCAGAUCGACACCGGUGAGAUUACCGCGAUCGCAGAGUCAGAAUGUGUUGCGAUGCGCUGCUUCGCCGGCGUCUGGCUUCAGUGCCAUGCCAUUGAGCUAUCGCCAGACAACAUCGUUAUUGAAUAAACAAUGGUAUCAGAAGAGAAACGCUUCGACAGCAACGGCAACAGUACUCGAAAAAGCCGCAGCAGACCCCGAAGCUCUUUCUCAGGACACUAUUAUUCAAAACUUGGAUCCGAAGGAAUGGCAACGUCUUUCGAAAGUUAGAAAUAUUGGAAUUGCCGCCCAUAUCGACAGCGGAAAAACAACAGCAACGGAACGUGUCCUCUUCUACACUGGUCGUAUCAAUUCUAUUCACGAAGUUCGUGGUCGGGAUAGCGUUGGCGCGAAAAUGGAUUCCAUGGACCUGGAGCGUGAAAAGGGUAUUACUAUCCAAUCUGCUGCCACAUUUUGCGACUGGGUGAAAAGGGAAGAUGGCAAGGAUGAAAAGUAUCACUUCAACUUGAUUGAUACUCCCGGCCAUAUCGACUUCACCAUCGAGGUCGAGCGAGCUCUCCGCGUGCUUGACGGUGCCGUCAUGAUUCUCUGUGCUGUAUCUGGUGUUCAGUCGCAAACCAUAACUGUCGACCGGCAAAUGAAGCGUUACAAUGUUCCCCGAAUUUCCUUCGUCAACAAAAUGGACCGCAUGGGCGCCAACCCAUUCAAAGCGAUUGACCAAAUCAACAACAAGCUGAAACUCCCCGCCGCUGCUGUGCAAGUUCCUAUCGGAGCUGAGGAUGAGUUCCAGGGUGUGGUGGAUUUGAUUCGCAUGAAAGCUAUCUACAAUGAUGGCCCCCGAGGAGAAACGAUCAGAGAAACAGACGAAAUCCCGGAGAACGUCAAAGGCAUUGCGGAGGAGAGAAGACGGGUUCUUAUCGAGACUCUCGCCGAUGUUGACGAUGAAAUAGCCGAGAUUUUCCUGGAUGAACGAGUACCAACACCAGAGCAAAUCAAGGCUGCCAUCCGCCGCGCUACCAUCUCCCUCAAAUUCAGCCCUGUAUUCAUGGGUUCUGCAUUGGCUGACAAGUCUAUCCAACCCAUGCUUGACGGCGUUUGCGACUAUCUUCCCAAUCCGUCCGAAGUAACCAACUUGGCUCUCGACCAGAAGCGCAAGGAGGCCCAAGUGAAACUGUUGCCAUACGGCUCCCAACCAUUUGUUGGGUUGGCUUUCAAGCUUGAAGAGAGCAACUUUGGCCAGCUCACGUACAUCCGUGUUUACCAGGGUACUCUCCGCAAGGGAUUGAAUGUCUUCAACGCCCGAAACGACAAGAAAGUUAAAAUCCCACGUAUCGUACGUAUGCACUCUAACGAAAUGGAAGAAGUGCAAGAAAUAGGUGCCGGUGAGAUUUGUGCUGUAUUUGGUGUCGAGUGCGCCUCUGGUGAUACCUUCACCGACGGACAACUUGCCUACAGUAUGUCCUCCAUGUUCGUUCCUGAGCCUGUCAUCUCCCUUUCUAUCAAACCGAAGAACAACAAGGACUCGGCAAACUUCUCCAAAGCCAUGGCUCGAUUCCAACGUGAGGAUCCGACAUUCCGCGUGGCGUACGAUACCGAGAGUGAACAAACCAUUAUUUCUGGAAUGGGAGAAUUGCAUCUCGAUAUCUACGUUGAGCGUAUGCGUCGUGAAUACAAAGUCGACUGCGAGACUGGACAGCCCCAGGUCGCUUAUCGUGAGACGAUUGGCAACCGAAUCGAGUUCGACCACUUGUUGAAGAAGCAAAGUGGAGGACCUGGUGAUUACGCUCGUGUUGUUGGCUAUAUGGAGCCCUCUGGUUCUUUGGAAGAGAACAAAUUUGCAGAGCAGAUUGUCGGUGGCUCUAUCUCUGAAAAGUUCCUGUUCGCUUGUGAGAAGGGAUUCAAUCUCUCGACUGAAAAGGGUCCUCUUAUCGGACAUAAGGUCCUGGGAACGACAAUGGUCAUCAACGACGGAGCCACCCAUAUGACUGAUUCCUCUGAAAUGUCUUUCAAGAAUGCCACGCAACAAGCUUUCCGUAAGGCCUUUAUGGAGAGUAAUCCAUCUGUCUUGGAGCCCCUCAUGAAGACCGUUGUUACCGCUCCUAUCGAGUUCCAGGGUGACGUUAUCGGUCUUUUGAACAAACGCAACGCCACCAUCAACGACAGUGAGGUUGGUGUUGACGAGUUCACCGUCUUUGCUGAUUGCAGUUUGAACGGCAUGUUCGGCUUCAGUAGCCACCUACGUGCUGCCACUCAAGGCAAAGGCGAAUAUACCAUGGAAUUCAGUCACUACGAAAAGGCCCCUGGUCAGCUGCAGAAGGAGCUGAUUCAGAAAUACCUCAAGGCCCAGGCAGACCGUCACAAGAAGUAA